GGAGGCUGCAGCUGAUGUGUCAUUUCUGUCUCUCUGUAGACGCAGAGUUUUGCGGAUCUCGUCUGGGAUCGAGGAGAUAGGAACGCUGCACUGGGAUCUGGUCCUCUGUCUGUUGCUGGCCUGGGUUCUCUGUUAUUUCUGCAUUUGGAAAGGCGUCAAAUCCACCGGCAAGGUGGUGUACUUCACUGCGACCUUCCCGUAUGUGAUGCUGUUGAUUUUACUGAUCAGAGGGGUCACACUGCCAGGAGCGUCCCGUGGGAUCCAGUUCUACCUUUAUCCCGACCUGGGACGAUUAGCGGACCCGCAGGUGUGGAUGGACGCAGGCACGCAGAUCUUUUUCUCGUAUGCCAUCUGUUUAGGUUGCCUCACUGCGCUCGGAAGCUACAAUAAAUACAACAACAACUGCUACAGGGAUUCUUUGGCCCUGUGUUUCUUGAACAGCGGAACCAGUUUUGUCGCUGGUUUUGCCAUCUUCUCAAUUCUCGGCUUCAUGUCUUACGAACAGAACGUCCCAAUUUCAGAAGUGGCCGAGUCUGGUCCUGGUUUGGCGUUCAUUGCAUAUCCGCGGGCAGUGUCGAUGAUGCCCAUCUCUCCGCUGUGGGCCUGUUUCUUCUUCAUCAUGAUUGUUCUGCUGGGGUUGGACAGUCAGUUCGUGUGUGUGGAGAGUCUGGUCACGGCUAUGGUGGACAUGUACCCGACUUUCUUCCGGCAGAAGAACCGCAGAGAGCUGCUCAUCCUCGCCGUGGCCAUCGUGUCCUUCCUCGUGGGUCUCAUUAUGCUCACAGAGGGUGGAAUGUAUGUCUUCCAGCUGUUUGACUACUACGCAGCCAGUGGGAUGUGUUUGCUCUUUGUAGCUGUUUUUGAGACCGUCUGCAUCGCUUGGAUAUACGGUGCUAAUCGGUUUUAUGACAAUAUCGAGGACAUGAUUGGUUACCGUCCUGGGCCGUAUAUUAAAUACUGCUGGCUCUUUUUCACCCCAGCCACAUGUUUUGGUACGUUUGCAUUCUCCCUGAUCAAAUACACUCCUCUGAAGUAUAAUAACGAGUAUGUGUACCCGUGGUGGGGCUACGCUCUCGGCUGGCUGCUGGCGCUCUCCUCUAUGGUUUGCAUCCCGCUGUGGGUUGUUUCUAAACUGAGCACAGCCAAAGGUUCACUGAGAGAGCGUUUCCACGAGCUCAUCACGCCCUCGCCGGACCUGCCCAAAACCAGACGAGAGCAGGAGAAACUUCAGGCCAUCUUUGCAGCCGACGGCGACGCUCUUCGCCAGCGAGGCGGCCCGACCAAAGACGGGUACUUCCCUGUCAGCGAGAAGGAGUCGCACUGCUAGACGGGGCACUGCAUGUGCUUCUAAACCUUCCCGUGAUACCUCACACAGUACUGGCAGCCAAAUAAGCAUUACGACAGACAGGCCAGGAUCCACAGCCUGGGAGGGCAUUUGAAAUGCUUGCUCUUACUGGUCAGAAGGCAUCGAAAGCCAGAGUGUGUCAAUAUUAUAGACAGCAGAAUGUUGAAACACAACGUAAUCACACUCAUAUGAUAUUUGAGAGAAAACGUAGGGUUAGCUAGGUUUAC